CUAAUUGUCUGCAUAGCUAACACACUAGAACACUCACUCUCUCAAUAUUAAACCAGAGAAUCAAAAAUGGAAAAUGAGAACUCAAAUGAUGUUCUUCAUAUAGUUAUGUUCCCUUCUUUUGCUUUUGGUCAUAUUAGUCCAUUUGUUCAGCUUGCUAACAAGCUUUCCUCUCAUGGUGUCGAAGUUUCUUUUUUCACUGCAUCUGGCAACGCUAGCAGAGUCAAAUCUAUGCUGAAUUCUGCUCCCACUACUCAUAUAGUCCCUCUUACUCUUCCUCAAGUUGAAGGUCUACCUCCUGGUGCAGAAAGUACUGCAGAAUUGACACCAGUAACUGCUGAACUUCUCAAAGUUGCUUUAGACCAAAUGCAACCACAAAUCAAGUCUCUACUUUCCAAUCUCAAACCCCAUUUUGUUCUCUUUGAUUUUGCUCAAGAAUGGCUCCCUAAAAUGGCUGAUGAAUUAGGGAUCAAGACUGUUUUUUACUCUGUUUUUGUUGCACUUUCCACUGCUUUUCUUACUUGCCCUGCUAGAGUUCCUCAACCCAAGAAAUAUCCAACUCUUGAAGACAUGAAGAAACCUCCACCUGGAUUUCCUAUCACCUCUGUCACCUCAGUCAAAACCUUUGAGGCUCAAGAUUUUCUAUAUAUUUUCAAGAGCUUCCAUGGUGGUCCUACUGUAUAUGACCGUGUACUCUCAGGACUUAAGGGUUGCUCAGCUAUACUAGCCAAGACUUGUUCUCAAAUGGAGGGGCCUUAUAUAGAAUACGUGAAAUCACAGUUCAAUAAACCUGUUUUUCUAGUAGGACCAGUAGUCCCUGACACACCUUCAGGAAAAUUGGAAGAGAGAUGGGCUAGCUGGUUAAACAAGUUUGAAGCUGGAACAGUUAUUUACUGUUCUUUUGGAAGUGAAACUUUCUUGAAUAAUGAUCAGAUCAAAGAACUAGCUUUAGGUUUGGAACAAACUGGGAUACCUUUCUUUCUGGUCUUAAAUUUUCCUGCCAAUGUCGAUGUCCCAGCUGAACUAAACCGAGCUUUACCAGAAGGCUUUCUGGAGAGAGUGAAAGACAAGGGAAUUAUUCAUUCAGGUUGGGUGCAGCAACAGAACAUACUUGCUCAUUCUAGUGUAGGUUGCUAUGUAUGCCAUUCAGGGUUCAGUUCAGUGAUAGAGGCACUAGUGAAUGACUGUCAAGUUGUUAUGUUGCCUCAGAAAGGUGACCAGUUCUUGAAUGCAAAGCUGGUGAGUGGGGAUAUGAAAGCUGGGGUGGAGGUAAAUAGGAGGGAUGAAGAUGGGUACUUUGGUAAAGAAGAUAUUAAGGAAGCUGUGGAGAUAGUGAUGGUGGAGGUUGAUAAGCAGCCAGGUAAAUUAAUUAGAGCAAAUCAGAAGAAAUGGAAGGAGUUUUUGUUGAACAAGGAUAUACAAUGCAAGUUUAUUGAGGAUUUAGUUAAUGAAAUGACAGCGAUGGCUAAGGUCUCAAGUAACUAGGAUAUUCAAAUUCAAUUGUCAUCUCACCUUUCAAUAGUAGUAUAGUUGGCAUUUUUACUAUCAAUAAAGCAUUUUCCAAUGUA